AUGGCAUCUUCAUUAGGAGGCAAUAGCGUAGAGUGGCACGUUCGUCCUCCAAACCCUAAAAACCCAAUCGUCUUCUUCGAUGUCACCAUCGGUAACAUACCUGCCGGUAGAAUCAAAAUGGAACUCUUCGCUGAUAUUGUCCCCAAAACCGCCGAGAAUUUCAGGCAGUUCUGCACGGGGGAGUACAGGAAAGCAGGGCUUCCUAUUGGUUACAAGGGUUGUCAAUUUCAUAGAGUGAUUAAGGAUUUUAUGAUCCAGGCUGGUGAUUAUGUAAAGGGUGAUGGUAGUGGAUGUGCUUCCAUUUAUGGACUCAAGUUUGAUGACGAGAAUUUCAUCGCCAAACACACUGGACCUGGCCUUCUAUCAAUGGCAAAUAGCGGACCAAAUACCAAUGGUUGCCAGUUCUUUUUAACUUGUGCAAAAUGUGACUGGCUUGACAACAAGCAUGUUGUUUUUGGGAGAGUGCUUGGAGAUGGUCUUUUGGUUGUGAGGAAGAUUGAGAAUGUUGCAACUGGACCCAAUAACCGGCCAAAAUUAGCUUGUGUCAUUGCUGAAUGUGGUGAAAUGUAA